AUGGGUGUGGCCUACAGCGCGCUCCUCAAGCAGAGUUGGCCCUCGAAGCCUACUUGGACUCCAGAUGAGAUACCUGAACUUACGGGUAAGAUCGUACUGGUGACCGGUGGCAACUCAGGCGUCGGCAAAGAAAUGAUCCGCGUUCUCCUGCUUCACAACGCUACAGUCUACCUCGCCGCGCGCUCCGAGUCAGCAGCUCAAGCUGCCAUCUCUGAACUCGAACGCUCUACCGGCAAAACGGCGAAGUUCCUGCACCUCGAUCUCUUGGACUUGUCCUCGGUACGCGCCGCUGCGACCGAGUUUCUACGCAGGGAGAAGAGGCUGGACGUGCUGUUCAACAAUGCUGGAGUGUUUCUUGUCCCAAGGGACAAGCUCACCGCGCAGGGGUACGACAUGACAGUCGGCGUGAACGUCCUUGGCCCAUUCCUCCUCGCACAACUACUCCUCCCGGCCCUCUCUUCGCCCCUCAACGCCGAAAAGGGACGCAUCAUUAGCACGUCCUCCGUGACGCACUACUUCGCCCCACACUUCAACAUCGCCGUGGCCCGUCCCGGGAGAGCGAGGGAUAAGUUGGGAAGGGAUCUGCUCGGGAACGACGUGCUGUAUGCGCAGACGAAGACGGCCGAGACAGUGUUGGCGAAGGAGAAGGCGAGGAGGCACGGCGAUAAGAUCGUCAGCAUCGCGAUCAACCCGGGAAACAUUCAGACGAACAUACAGAGGAACAUGAAGGGGUUGGAUAAGGUCUUGGUGGAGAGCAUCUUGUACCCCGUCAAUCUGGGCGCGUAUACGGGUCUGCGCGCUGGGGUGACACCUGAAGCGGCGGAGUGGAAUGGCAAGUAUAUGCGGCCGUGGGCGCAGCUCGGAAAGGCGCAUCCCGCCACGCAGGAUCCGGAGACAGGUCGCAAACUGUGGGAGUGGGCCGAGGAGCAGUGCAAGGAGUGGUUAGAGCCUAUCGAGGUCUAA